CACCAUAAAUAAUCCACUGAGAGAUUCACAUUUUCCAUUCGAACAAAAGUGAACAAAAGUCAUAUAGCUUCCAUUCCAUGACCAUGAGCGACGCCAAUGAGUGGCUCCAAUUCUACCACCAACAAAACAUCCCACCGCCACCUAAUAAUUCUCUCCUUCCAUCUUCUGUUUCCGACGCAACAGCCGUCGCAACCACCUCCCCCCAACUUGGGGUCAACCCGGAGGCCCGAGUGUCCAAGCCCAUCCGCCGACGCUCCCGGGCUUCCAGGCGAACCCCCACCACCUUGCUCAACACAGACACCACCAACUUCCGGGCCAUGGUGCAACAGUUCACGGGCGCACCUUUUCCGGCAACUCCGUCAACGGCAUCGGGUUUCCCGAACAUGGGUUUGGCGUUUGGGUCCCGGUCGGUUCAUGUGAACCCAAAUGGGCUCAUGUUAGCCCCUUCUGCCUCCAGCUUGCAGCAGCAGCAGUACAUGCAUAUGUAUGGUGGUAAUAACAGCAUCAUGAGCAGCCAAGUUGGAGAGAGAGCUCCUCCGAAUGUUAGUGGAGAAGGUGGGGCCCUGAUGAUGGGUCAGGGUGAGGGAGGGCGUUUCUUCCCAGCUACUUCUUCUUCUUAAUUUGCAGUGAGCUCCGUCUCCAUCUCCAGUAGGAACAGGGGUUGGAGGGGUUGCUGCUUUCUUCCCUCAGAUAGUGACAUAAAGCAGGCAAUUAGGUGCUCUAACUUGGCGAUUAUUGUUGACCAACCCCUCUCCCUUGUUUAUGUCUAUUACUAUUCAUUAUUAUAAUAUUAUAGGCAUUAGGCACUAGGUUCAUACACACGCAACCUUACUUACCUUCUUAAUUCUUCACUUCUUCUUUCUUGUCUUUUCUUUUAUUUUAUUUUAUAUACACGCCUUUUUGGGAGUUUUUUUCCUCCUUAGAAUCGGACACAUGAUAGAUACAGUAUCUCCUUAGAAUCCUUUGUUGCCGUGACAUCCUCCUAGACUUUUCUUUAUUUAUUUAUUUAUCUAUCUUUUAUCUUUUCAUGUAAUCUGUCUGUUUCAAUAUAAUUUUUUGUUUGUUCAAA